AUGGCUUCGUCGACUGGCUCUUCACAUAAAAAAGCACUAGUAAUUGGUAUUAAUAAAUAUAUUGAUCCAACACCUGUAUUACAAACAUGUAUAGCCGAUGCCAAAUGUUUAAGCAAAACACUUAUCGAUAUUGAUUUUGAUGUAUUACAAGAACACAACUGCACAUAUAUCGAAUUUCAACAGAAAAUAGAUGAAUUCGUUGGAAAGAUUCAGAAACAAGAUAUAACUUUAUUCUAUUUUGCUGGUCAUGGAUUACAAUCAGACGAAAAAAAUUAUUUAAUAUCUUCUGAUUAUAAUUAUGAUCAUAGCAUCGAUGAGAAAACGUACCUAGCCCGAAAUUCCGUCAACGCUCAAUAUAUCUUGCACAAAAUAACGAUGAAGCAACCUCGUACUAUAAUAUUUAUAUUAGAUUGCUGUAGAACCAAGAAAAUAAAGAGCAAUUUUAUGCCAGGUUUAUCACCGAUGGAUACACCGCCGGAAACUCUACUUGUCUUUUCUUGUGGUGUGGGUCGAGCAGCGCUUGAUGAAACACGAAACAGACAAAACAGUAUCUUUACUGAAAGUUUAUUAAGACAUAUUGCAACACCUGACGAAGAUAUUGAGUCACUGUUCAUGAAAGUUACCCGUGAUGUUCGAGAUGCAACAGAUGAUUAUCAAAUACCAUAUCGCCAAAUCUGUCUUACGGAAAGAAUCUUCUUGGCAAAAAGUAAAUCAGCCGGUAAAGUAGUGUUUUAUUCUAUCUUCCGAGAGGAUCAAAGCAAAUAA